AUGUUCAUAUUUUUUUUUUUUUCUUUUUCUUUUUGCAAGCUGAACGAGAAGAACGCAGAUGAACGGUCAGAGUUUAUCAACAAUUUCAAUGCGGAAAAAUGUGCACAAAGGAGAGUACAAAGUGGGCCAGAAAUUUUGGAGAAAAGGGGAGUGGAAGAAGAACCCGAAAGAAAACACACAAAGAAGUGUUGCAAUAACUACGAACUCAUUAAACUUGAAAUAGAAUUUGUGGCAACUUUAAAUGUAUUAACAUGCGAAGAAUUGGAAGCACUGUUUUGUUUUUUUUUCCCCGAGAAAAUAUUUUCAUUUAGUGAAUGUACAGACAAGGAGAUCAUUAUUGAGCACUUUUUGCAAAACAUAAGUUCCGUUUCGGAGAAGUAUUCCUCCCUCAUUAAGUCGGGUAUGUGUUUGGCAUAUGAUGAACCCAUACUUAACAAAGACGCCAAAUGUGCCACUUUGCAAGAAUACCUGAAUGGGUUAAAAGCUUCGGGGGAAGCACAGAACAGUUGUGCGGAUGAACCAAAGGUAGAAGGCGAGGUGGUCUCUCACGAGAUAGACGGUAAAGAAAGAGAGGGUGUAGAAGGGGACACCGGUGGAGAUGGCGCAAAAAUGGGUUCAGAUGCAGCAGGUGAGAUUACUGCCAUUGAAGAAAUUCCGCAAAAUGGGGGAAAUGAAGAGCAUGGAGCGAUGGGCGAAGGGGGGGUGGAUCCAAUGCGUAAGGCGGCUAGUGAGGCUAACCAGCUGACCUCCAGUGUGGCCAACGAACGAACCGGCGAAGACGCCGCCAAGGUCGUAAAAAGGAGGAGAACGAAAAAGCCAAAAGGACUAGAUGCAGGCACAGGGCAGCUGAACCCAAAGAAUCAGAUUCUGAUAAACAUCAGCGAUUGCGACAUCUUAAAGCACAACGAUAAGAUAUUCAUAAACUUGAGUGCUCUUCGGGAGGUAAAAGCAGACGCGGAACGGAAAGGGGAAAAUGACGCCAUUCUCAUUGUUAGCGGCUCAGGGGAGGCAGGCACGAGCGGGGUAGAGCCAGGCAAGGUGUGCACGAACGAGGUAGAAACGAAUGAGGUAGACACGCAUGAGGUGGACAAGAACGAGGUAGACCCCGUAACUACUAACCCCCCAACUGCUGACCCUACUGCAGAUGCAAACGCCAACGAAACAGCCCCCUCGGCAAAGAAAGCCUCACCAGAACGGGUAAGCAACCCUCAAGCGAACGCAGCAUCUACUGGGGGUGGCCACGAGAACGAUGUGAACCCCCCACUCAGCGUGAAUAAGGAGGCCAAACGGUGCAGGAAAAAAAAAGACACGAAUGAAAAAUGCACUACGCAGGUGGGUAAAAAGGCCCAAACGGGGGGGGAAAACUGUACGGAGGGAAAUAGCCAACCGAAAAAAAAGAUAAAAGUAGAUGACCUGCCAGGAGACAAUUCCGCCCAAACAGAAGAAGGCAGCCCGAAGGGGAUCCUUCUUAAGGAGAGUAGCAACAUAAGUGGUCGCCCAGAUGAAGAUAAAGUAAAAAAUGGCAACACAAAUACGAGCAGGGGAAAUUCCCCCCAGAGUAGCAGCAGCGAUAGUAGCACCCCUUCAAAGGUCAUGGACGAAGAAAAAGAAUUUCGCUCCAGUGACGAAUUAGUUCAUGCAAGAAAUAUAGAACAAGAUGAAGACACAAAUGACAUGAAGGGUGAUGCGGCAGAUGUGCAUCACAGCGGGUUGGGAGAGACACACGAGAAGAACACUACGCCGGUGGACCAGGGAGGACGCGUUCGGAAGGUGGUCCCUUUAAAAGGGGCUGCUAAGAUGACGGCUGCUAAAAAGAUUAACAGGGAAGAAAACGUAAAGGGGAAAAAGAGGAAAAAGACAAAUAAUGACGAUGAAGGGAAUAAAGCAAAUUACUCUAAGAAGAUAAAAUGCCCCAUUGGGAAGAAACCCAACUGCCCCACACGCCAUAAUGAGAUUCACCAAAAUAAAAAGACCCCACCGAACGGUAGAGGAAAAGCAAGCAAACUUAACAUGCGGGGGGGGGACAAAGCGCAAUGCAACGCAUCACAGCGGAAUUCUAAAAACUUAAAAGGAGGCAAAUGUGUAGGCAGUACAGGUGGUAACGGGGCGCUAAGCUGUGUUCACAAAAAUAGCAUUAAGGGAAAAGUACCUACUAGGAAAAAGCCACAUGUUGAUCACUCCCGUCAUGAUGGGAACAAUCAUUUGGGGGGAUCGAAAUCCAACGCGUCACUGAAAAGGCAGUUCAACAGCAUAUCUGCAGAGGGUGAAAAUAGACGCAAUUCUGCAAAAAUGGGAACCAAGCAAUUAUGUAAUGUAUCGAAGGAUAACAUAAUUCAGGCUGAUGCCAUGAACUGGUCGCGCACACGUUCUUGCAGACUUGGUAGAUAGGGCAUGGGGGGACAUUAACUUAGCCCCACUGGGUG